UCUCCAGAAUAAUCAACUGAUCGGGAUUAAGGAUAUCACAUUCUAAAGUUUUCAGCUCAGUUUCCUUUAACCCGUUCAGAAGGAGAGACACAUUGAAAAUGGCUCCCAUGAUAACUGCAGGGCUUACCAGGCGGGGUAAGCCUAACUACAGAGAUAAGAAUAACUUCUAUUAUGUUUUCAAUGGGGAGAGGGCAGAGACCAAGAAUUGGCGAGAUCAUGCACUGCAACCAUAACAACGAGGAUAUCUACUGGAAACCUGGUAGGGGAUGUACUCCCAACUCAUGGCCAUACCAACAAGCUGCUGAAGACUAAAGCUAAGACCACAGAAAAGGCUGUGAUUGAGAAAUAUGCCAAUGUUCAAGGAGCCCUGCCUUCCAACGUGCUUCAGUAGAUCAGCUAAUCUAUGCUGAACUCUGACUUCCCAGGCCCGAUAAUCAGUGCCUCUUCAAAGUCAGCUAUCAAGAUGAAGCUCUGCAGACAGAAGCAGAUAAACAACUCAGGCCUGAGCUACCAAAGUCCUUUGAGGAGUACAUGAACAUUGAACUUCCCACUAAGUUUACUCAGGCAGCCGAUGGGGGUGAGUUCAUGUUUCACAAAGAUUGGGUUGACAAUGAGAGGACGCAGCCUUUAGUGAUGUUCAUGAGCAGAUGGUCUGCCGACAUUCUGAAAACACACAGUGUGUGGUUGUUUGAUGGAACUUUUAAGUCUGCUCCUCCCCCAUUCAGCCAGGUCUACAUUGGGAUGGCAGCAUCUGAGGUUGGUGGCCAGGGUAUACCAAGUUUCUAUUGCCUUCUACCAAACAAAAAGGAAGACAACAUACCUACAGCCGUUCAGCAAGAUUAAGGAGAGGGUGGGAGCACCUAACAGGCUAACUACAAUUAUUACUGACUUUGAACUGGCUGUGUUCAAGGCAUGUGAUAUUGUCUUUCCAGAUGUUCAGCACAAGGGUUGUAGAUUUCAUUAUAAUGCAGCUGUCUGGAAAAACCUGGGCACUAACAAGCUUCAAAGUCUAUUUUACCAGAAUCCACGUUUACAAGAGCUUAUCUAUAGCCUGUACAGCCUUUGCUAUGUACCUUCAGACCGGGUUAAUGAGUACUACCAUGAGGUUAUAACAAAACUGGUAGAUGAUGGUAAAGAGAAAGAUGAAGAAUGGGAAGACUAUCAAGAGGAGAUUAAUGCCUUUGCUUCCUAUUACAGGACGACAUGGAUUAAAAAGAGAGGAGGCAGAGGUGCACUUUUUAAGCCUGGAACCAGUACGCCACUGUCCUUGAGGGGGGACUUGAAACCAACAACAUGCUGGAGUCAUUUAAUAGAACCUGGAAUAGUUUGUCUGGCUACAGCCCGAAUGUAUUUGCUAUCCAAGAGCUAUUUGUUAAACAGGAUGCUGAGGCUAGGAGGGCUUAUCUAUCGAAUGCAGUCGGCCUGGACAUGGCGACAAAUUCAGGUCAAAAGAAGAGAUCAAAGGACUCCAGACAGAGGGUGAAAUUUGUUGUAGAAGCUUUCCAUACCAUGCCAAAAGCUGAUUAUAUCCAAACCCUUGCACAUGACCAGCAGAAGAUAAAUAAUGAUAAAUAAAGAUCACCUGUAUGUAUUCCUAUGUAAAAUGUAUUUAA